AUGCUGAUUCGAAGCCAAGCUUUAUGGUGGGCAGUUUUCUUGACACUUUGUCUUCUGUUGGUCAAAGGAUUUCCCACAAAGAAGCACAGAGCAAAUCAAAUCAAGAACAGGAGCAGCACGUCUCUAGAGGUCAGAGGUCAUGGUGGCUCCAAAGAUGUCAGGCAGAUGCUUUUGGACAUUCAGAGGCAGAACCAGCUGAGGAGCGUUCCAUCUUCGCAGCCCCGUCAUAAGAGGAGAUGGUCGCAGAUUCGCUCAGAGGGAGUUCUUCCUAAACCUGCUCCACAGGAGGAAGAGGAACCCUUCAUUUUGGACCUGAAGAACUUCCCUGAUCUUGCCAAUGCAAACCUGGGAUCCCAGAACCCAAACAUUCAAGUCACUAUUGAGGUUGUGGACAACCCUCAGAUGGAGAUUGAGAUGGACUUGGUCAAAGAGAGCAGGAAUGACUGGUCAUUGAGCUCUGAGGAGUGGCUGGACCAUAAAAAGCUCUUUUGGCCUCUCUUCUGGGAAUAUCAUGACUCCAGUGAAGAAGGUCCAGGGCAGGGCAGUCUCGAGGAGAACGGUGAGGACCUCAGCUAUGAGGGAGAAGAUUCCCUUUUGAGCGGGGUGGGUGCGGACUGGAACCAACGAUGGAAGGGCUGGGACUCCAUGGACAAUUAUGAAUAUGAGGACGAAGAGUGGAGCGAUUGGUCUCCAUGUAGUGUCACCUGUGGUCAUGGCAAUCAGAAGAGGAUACGUUCAUGUGGCUAUGCCUGCACUGCCACUGAGUCACGGACAUGUGACCUUGAGCGUUGUCCAGAUGACUUAAUUCCUGUGACAGAACCAACUCCUCAUGAAACGGCAAACAGCACAGAGCUUUUUGGCUCAGAUGUCGACAGCUGUGAGAAGUGGCUGAACUGUAAGAAUGACUUUCUCCAGAAAUACCUACACCAGGUCCUGACUGAACUACCCAACUGCCCUUGUGUCUACCCAUCUGAGGUGGUCUACAAUGCUGUCAACAUUUUCGAUAAGAAGUUGCAAAAGACGUAUCGCUGGCGUGACGCCAGUAGCCCCAAAGAGAGGCUGGACAUCUACAAGCCCUCUGCAAAGUUCUGUGUUCGCUCAAUGCUCUCUUUUGACAGCACCACAUUGGCGGCUCAGCACUGCUGCUAUGAUGAUCACAUGAAGCUCAUCACACGAGGUAAAGGGGCCGGGGCCCCCAACCUCAUCAGCACAGAGUUUUCCCCAGAGCUUCAUUACAAAGUGGACGUGCUCCCUUGGAUCCUGUGUAAAGGAGACUGGAGCCGCUUUCAUUCGGUUAGGCCUCCCAACAACGGUAUACAGUGUACUGAAAACCCUCAGGAGGACGUGUAUAUGAAUGAACUAGAAGAGGCCAGGGAGUACUGAUCCAGUCCUGAGGGGUUCUGACUCACAAAUUGUCUUUGCAAUAUCAACUUUUCAACCAUUUAAUUAAUUUUGGAGUGAUCUAUGGUGCAUUACUGAACUAUAUGGAAGUUUUUUCAAAAUGUUAAUGCUGAUUGGAUCACUUCUUUUACAGAUCUUAAAUAAAUGUUCCAGGUUUAAUUUAAGUUAAGCUCAAGCAACAGCAUUUGUGGCCUUAUGUUGAUGACCACACACACCAAAUAAUUCUGACUCGUCCCUUGUACAUUAUAAAAAAUAAAAAUCAUGGUUACUGUAAGGCACUUACAAUGGCAGUGAAUGGGGCCAUGUAAUAAAUGUCAAAAUACAUACUGUUUCAAAAUAUAGCUACAAGACGUAAACAUUAUGUGUUAACAUGAUUUUAAUGUGGUACAUUCACUUACUAACCUUAUCUGUAUAAAUGUUUAUCUUACAACUUAGUUGUAAUCUGGUAAACCAGUAAUGCCUGUAAAUUCCUGAUUUUAUGACAUAAAUCACGUUAACGUGUACAACAUUUACGUUUUCUGGCUUUUCUAUUAAAACAGUGUGUAUUUUAACAUUUAUGGAUAGGCUCUAUUCACAUGCAUUAUAAGUGUCUUACUUUAAACGAGAUUUGUGCGUUUUGUUUUGUUGUUUUUUUUUUAAAUAUGCGCGGGCCAAGCCGAAAUUAAUAAUUGUGGUAAUGAUCAUUGUGCCACAAAUGCUGUCGACUGAAUUUAUUUUAAAAAUGAACCUUGAACAUUCUUUUUACUGUCAUUGGUUUAGAGACUAAUUAGCUGUGACUAAAUAUGUACUUCUAGAGAUACGCCUAGAGAUUUAUUGAAAGUAACAUCUGGAUUGGGACUAAGGCUGAUAUACUGUCACGUACUGUUGUGUACAGCUGACCUACAAUAACACUGGUUUAACAUGUUGGUCAAGAGCCCAGACUGGAAGACUGUGAUGCAGUUUUCUUUGUUUUUAUUUUAUUUUUUUCUCUGACGUUGCUUACGUGCUGCACACUCCAACAAUGUUCAUUGAAGGUCCUAAAAUGGCAUUUUCUGGAACAAAGUUUACUCUAUUUUCAUUGGUUUGCGUUUUGUUUUUCUCCAGUGUCCUCAAAGACUUAGAUCUGCCAUUAAAGGAAUUCAAAUAAAGCUGCUAAAAUCGUGAGAAAUUCAAAGUGCAACAGAAUGCCGAUUUUGUUGCCUUAGACCUGAAGCUCAAUCUUGGCCUCGCUCCAGUCCAGGCAAGAUCAGUCCAAGCAAAUCAAACACAAGCCCCAGUGUCACUUGCACACCGAUUCAACAUAUUUCUGAGAAUAGUUCCUGUAUAUUGUUACUCCAAAUAUACACAGACCUUGUGUCAUAGGACAAGAUAUUUAUGCAUAAUGAUUUGACCUUUAACAUACCUUUCAGCAGAGCAAAAUUUGCCAAUUUUUUAACUUGCCAUUGAGAAGACAUCCCUUAGCAAUGGGAGGCUUGUUAUUUAAAAUCUUAAGUAUUAUUGGAUCCCAUUCUGUUUUUCUUUUUCUUUUUCUUUCAACACAACCCAGCUUUGUACUGAAUGCAAUAUGAGACACCCGCUUGACACCGGUGUAGGGGUUGUUGGAGUUUGGCUGAUGGAUUGAAGUCUUCCUCUAAAGGUAGGGGCAACACUUUGGAUGUGAACGAACAUCUCUCUAAAUACAAGUGGUCUUUCAACAUCUUGGUUCAUUCCUGAAUCCCAGUCAAAGCCUAGAGGCUUACCUGAGAUGUUGCUUGAAGGACCUAAGCCUUUCUUGUCAGCAUGGGUCUUUAUCAUGAUCUGUCUCUUUGUGAGGUGUUGAAACAGAAUGCUGGUGAUUUGACUCCAAAAACAACCACUGACAGAUGACAAUUCCAUGUAGCAAUAGAAACAUCCACCUUGAAUGAUGUCUUACUGUGUGACUUUAAGCAUAAAAUACUCCUAUAAACAUUCCUUACAAUACAUCUGUAAGGAGCGAUGCGAGACAAGCAGACCCAAAUGCAGAGGAACAGUUCAAAGGAUUUAUUUACAAUAGAUAUGAGCAGUCACUGUGGAUGUCGAGAAUCCCGGCUGCAGCAGCGGGGAGGGAUGACUGAGAAGCGCACGUGCCAUGGCAAGGGGCAAUCCGUAAAAAGUGUUUUCGUAGAACGAGUGUGUGCGUUGUGGAAGUCAGGAAUAGAUUCAUGGAAUACUCCGUUGAAGCUUAGUGAGGUGCAGAACAAUGCCCAGCAGGGCAGGGCUCCCGACACACGAGCAAAGUUGAGGUAUCCUCCGUGGAAACCCAGCUGACACACAGUGAACUGGAAGGCAACCACACACCCGAAACGUGGGCAACCAACAGAUACACGAGACAGGACCAACUAGGCAGAGAGAGUGAGGUUAGUUACUUCAUACCAAACAACAAUACUUCAAGACAUUCAGUCAACACUGAACUACAUUUAACAUUCAAUCAGACAAUCCAGCAAAGGACAUGACACAUGAGGGGAUUAAUAUAGGCAUUAACAAACAAGGGGCAGGUGCCGAUCGUAGCUGAAUGUUGGAAUGAACAGCAUUCCCAUGGAAAAAAUCAGGGUUCCCAUGGAAAUGCUGAUUCCGCAUGCCAGCGGCACCUUAAACACAUGAGGGUGAAAACGUCAAGAUGCUUGGAACAAAACAAACAGAACAUGGAGCAUGAGUGUCCAGAUCCCGACACAAACCAAACCGAACCUGGACACGAAACACAAGACAGAGAGGGAACGAUGAUGCCACGGUCCUUGUCAGACAAGAACCCAACCUGACAAGGUGAAAGGACCGUGACACCACCGGAUCGCACACAGCGGUAACUCACGCACGGAAGUCACUAACAACCGGACCCGUGCGCUCACACAAAGAACGUACAUGAAACACGAGACAGACGGGACGAUGAUGCCACGGUGCCGUCAGACAGAAACCCAACCUGACAAGGUGUCAGGACCAUGAAAACAUCAAACUGCUUUCAGAAUUUUUUUAUUGGAUUAAUUAAUCAUUUAAAAUUAUUCUGCAAGGUUUAGUGUGGCAGACACAUUGAGUGAGGCUAUUGAACCUUUACAGUAACUUCAAGGUUCAUGGUUCAAAUUCCAGGUUAUAUACUUUAAAGACCCAGCAUUACAUUUCUUAAGAGCCCAUUCUCCAAUGCUUUGUGAUCUUGAGGUGCUCAAAUACAAAAGCCAUUACAUAAUUUUGGGUUUUAGUGCUGGUUUGGACUUCCUCUUCACUUCCUUGGUGGAUCCAGGCAAUAUUUCUGUUAUGUAAAAUUUUCAUUAACAAUGCAUUUGCCCAAAAGCUUGGAAACUCAUAAAGUGAUUCUACAGAUUUGUGCUUCAUGGAUCGUGGCUCAGUAUUUUAAGCAUUUAUUUUGUAUGGCCCUUACACCAUUGUCGUUCAGUCCUGCUUCUUGAGAUCAUUCUUCUUGUUCAGUUGAGGUUAAUUUCUAACUCUAAAUAAACUGCUAGAACUGAAACAGCUAAUCAAGGUCUUCGGGUUCACUUGAAAAUUACAGGCAGGUGUGUUAAGACUAUGGUUGCAAUGAAACUCUGCAGGAAAGAAGAUCUUCAAGAGAAGGAUUGGGCACCCCUGCCUUGCACACAUCAGCAUAGCUUAUGAUCACUGUCAGAUCUGAGCAAAACCAUGAAGAUAUUUUCGUUGGGUAACAAUAAGUGCCAGCCAUCAAAACAUUAUGCGGUCCAGCUGUGAGAAUGCUAGAAUCUACUUGCAUUCAAAUCCUUUGCUUGCAGUUAUUGUAUAUUUGUUUCCAAUGGUACUAACUUAGAUUUCAUGAGUUUUAUGGUACUGUAUGUGUAGGGGUUCUUUCAAAUUGCACAAAUCCUUAGUCACAAUGUGUAGUUGGCUGACUAUUGACUUUGGCCUGAUGAUCUAUAAUAUUUUUUAUAAUGUUUAUCUUGAUCAAGUCCUCUGCAGUAAUUCAAGGUAUGUCGGAUUCAGAAAGGCCCAAAUGUACACCUCAACUGGGAAUCUUAGUAUCUUACUGUAUUCUAAUUCACAAUACCAACUGUUAAAUUUCACAAGUUAUACACAUUUUCUAGGUACAUUUGAUUAUAUGAUGCAUAACCUUUCAGGAAUUCAAGAAGAAAGGCACUUUAUUUAAUACAGAUAACUGAAUAUAUUUACUGUAUGUGUAUAUACAAUCAUAUAUUGAAUUAUACCUGUAAUAUACAAUUUACCAGCAUUGUUUUAUUUCUGUUAUUAUUUUAAAGGGAUGAAUAAAAAAAAUAUAUUUUUAAAAAUAUAUUUUAUGUAAUGUAAAGUUUUGGCAUGUCAUUUUGACCCCUUAGAUUUAUCAUUGUACAGUAUUUAUUGCUUUUGAUUAUUUUGUAACUCAUUGCUAUGAAGUGGACAGUCAAAUAAUUUUAUGCACUAUAUAAAUCUAAGUGAUACGUCCUUUUGGGGAUCUUUGUUCUAUGAAAAGGAAAGUGCCAUAUACCACACACCAUUCUACUUCAAUAAUAUAUAUAUAUUUUUUUUAGCCAACUGUCAUCUUUCUUUGUAUCAAGAACUCUGUGGCCAGAUAUAAUAAAUGUAACUUUGAAAAUGUCAUGUGUGCUUGAUUUAUAUUUGUAGCCUAAAUAUGUGACGUUUGAAUGUGAGUUUGUGAUUUUAGUUGUGAGUUUGUUGAAAUUAAAUGUAUAAAUCUGA